AUGACGGUCAUUUCGACAAUUGCAGCUGCCAGCCUGAGAACUCUGCGCACAAUCCUCGACUUCCAUUCAAGAUCAUUAUGGUCCCGCGACGACUCUCCAAAUAUUGCUGAUCAGAGUCCUGAACUGCGGUGUGUAAUAUGUCUACGUGAUAUUUCUAGUGGUGAAAAAUACAGGGUUCUUCCCGAAUGCAACCAUGGAUUCCACGUUGACUGCAUUGAUGUUUGGUUGCAGAAGAACUCGACUUGCCCAUUAUGUCGGUGUCCUGCUCCUUACACUUCGAUGAAAUUGCAGCAGCAUGACUAUGAGCUUCAACUUUUGUAUCUGCAUGAUGCUAUUCUUUCUUGUUUCAUUUUCUUGGUGGAUCACUUCUGGACAUGGUUUGUCGACCCAAUUGGAUUAGACCGAGCUUGUGAGGAUAAUUACCAGUCGCUUCCAUGA